AUGGCGUUCCGAGCCCCCGCGCGGCUGCGCCUGCCAUUGGUCCCGCGAGGACACCACCGGGGCCUCGCGAGCAACAGCAGCAGCGACGGCAAGCACGUGGCCGUCAUCGGCGGCGGCCUCACCGGCCUCGCGACCGCCUACUUCCUCGCCAAACGGCUGCCCGCCUCGGCGCGCAUCGACCUCUACGAGGCGAGCGACCGCCUGGGCGGCUGGAUCCGCACCGACAGGGUGCGCGUCGACGUCGGCGGCGUGCGCGGCGUCGUGCCGUUUGAACGCGGCCCGCGAACGCUGUCCACGCUCCGCGGCAACACCUGGCGGUACGACGACCUCGUCCUCUACGAGCUGAUUCUCGACCUCGGCCUCCAGCCUUCGUACCCCAAGGACCUCCCCCGAUACCUCUGCUACCCCAACCACCUCGUCACCAUGCCCCCCGACGCCUCCAUCCUCGACUACCUGCGCGAGCCGCUCUUCCGGGAGUGCGCCCGCGGCGCGCUCGCCACCGCCGUCGGCUACCUCACCGGCCGCCACCGCCGCGACGGCCUGCCCGCCGCGGACCUCUCCGUCGCGGACUGGCUGCGGCUCAUCACCGGCGACGGCGCCGUCGGCGCCAACCUCGCCUCCGCCAUGAUACACGGCAUAUACGGCGGCGACAUCGAGCGCCUCAGCGUGCGCACAGUGCUCGACCGCGCCCUCUUCAGCCUCCACGGGCCGCGCCUGGAGCCCGGUCGUCGCCGCGUGCCCGAGCGCGAGCUCGCGUUCAUGCGCCGCGUGAUGCGGGACGACGAGCACGGCUUGGUCUGCGCGCUGGCGAACAGACCCAAGGGCGCGCUGGUGCACUUUGGCGCGCGCGGCAUGGAGGCGCUGCCGAGGGCCCUCGAGGAGGCGCUCAAAGGGCAGCCCAACGUGACCAUCCACCGGCAGACCCCGGCCACCAAUCUUCACUACGACCGAAAGCGAGACAGGAUCAAGGUGACCGCCACCAAGUCGCCGCGGCUCUACGACCACGUCGUGUCCACCACCUCCAGCGACGUGCUCGUGCCGUCCGCCGGCAUCCCCUCCGUCUCCAUCAUGACCGUCAACCUGUGGUACCCGAUCGAGAACCUGAAGCCGCCCGGCUUCGGCUACCUGAUCCCGCAAGCCACCUCCGACGUCGGGCAGAACCCCGAGCGCGCGCUGGGCGUCUUCUUCGACUCCGACGUCAUCGCCGAGCGCGCGCCCGACGAACCCCCCGGCACCAAGCUCUUUGUCCUGAUGGGCGGCCACCACUACCGCGGACACGCGCCGCCGGACGAGGAGGAGGCGGUCGCGCUGGCCAAGGGGCUGCUGGAGCGGCAGCUGGGCAUCCCGCGCGACGCGCCGUGCCACGCCAUGGCGAGGCUCGCGCGGGACUGCAUCCCGCAGCACGAGGUCGGCCACGGGGAGCGGCUGCAAUACGUGCACAAACAGAUCAUGAGCGGGUCUGGCGGCCGGCUGAGCGUGGCCAACGGCUCGUACGGACGCAUCGGCGCCAUGGGCGCGCUGCGCAACGCGUACGACGCCGCGCACGCCAUCGUCGAGGGUCGUCUGUCCUCCGGCCUCGAGGACUUCAUCGACGACCGCAUCAUCGAGGACGUGUCGCUAGCGGACAUUCCUUGUCGGCAGCCCCAGAGUAAAGCAUAG